AUGGAAGAGUGGCUGAAGUUGAAGCCUCACAGCGAGUUUCAGAAAAUCAAAGAGCUCAAACAGUACCAGAAAGACGUGAGUGGCAAUGUAAAGAUUGCGGAGGUGGAGCAAAAGUGGUAUGACCAGAACAUGAAGCCGCUGGUCGAUUUCAUGGGCGACGAGCACAUUUGGAAGUUGGUGUGCGGUAACGAGCUCAACAUCUUCCACGACAAGCCGUUGAGGUCACAAGAUGAUCUCGCUAAGGCCGCAGCAAGCUUCAAGGCUGGCCACUGGACAAGCCGUCGAGCUAACGCCAGCAGCAAAGAUGACAUCUAUGAUCCCUUUCGUAACCACCAGAUUGGUGGCACAAACCAGUUUUGUCAAACGUUUUCCAUGAUGUAUUUGAAGCAAUGGAUAGAGAUGGAAGAGAAACCGCCAAAGAAAAUGGAGGACUACUACGCAAAUGCGGAGAAGGCGUUGGCAUUCAUCAAGUGGGUCCUCGAAAAGGGGAUUGAACCGGCAACGCUGGAUGAUUACUUGAAGAAAAGUCAAGACAUCUUCGAGGAUCACAAGGAUCUCCAGUCUCCCCGGCUGCGGGCAGACUUGCUGAAGUGCCUCGCGGAGUGCCUCAAGACCCCAUGCAUGUGUGUGAAUGUGGCGACAGUGGGGGAGUUGGGGACGGAGCACAUUCAGUGA